CCGAGUCCGAUGGGAUAGGUAGUAUAACCGAUUCUCUGGUCUAGUGGCGUGUAAGAUCUCGACAGGAGAGAACGUGCCAAGUGCCAAGCAGAAGCGACGCGACACGGCGUCACGAUGCUGCAUUAAACGCGACCGGAAACACAGAAACCACCUGCCAGUUACGCGACUGUUGCCCUAAAUGUUUGUCAUUCUAUGAACAUUUUCAUUCAAAAGUUGCAAAGAAUUAGGGACAGCGACGGCGACGGUGUACAUACAUGUGCGACACGAGGAAACGAUUUGAUGCUUUGGGAAGGGAAGUCUGCUCUCGUAGGAGGGCACCGUGCCAGGAAGCCGAUAUUGCUGUGAACGAGACCCUACGAUAAAUUAGAAGAGAAUGUGGCAGUUAGCGUUCCUUUUAAUCAGUUCCGCGAUGGCCGGAGAAUCGGGCCCAGAGAUCGAAUAUCCUGAGGUUCCGAUAGAAUAUUCAUCUUUACCUCGGGAAGAAGAUGCGCCAUCGUUACUUCCCGGGAUGUUAUAUCCGCGGGAAAGCGAAUCGCGAGAAGUGAAAUCUCUGGAUGGUAUGUGGGACUUUGUCAUUUCUCCAUCGGGAGAUGCGCUAAAGGGUUAUAGAGAAGCAUGGUUUGCCGAUGAAUUAUCGAAGGUAGAAAAGGUGAUGCAAAUGCCAGUACCUUCGUCGUAUAACGAUAUCACAACCUCCAGGAAACUAAGAGAUCAUGUAGGGGCUGUUUGGUAUCAACGAACUUUCUUCAUACCCUCUUCUUGGCGAGAACAAAGAGUCUUUGUCAGAUUUGGUUCAGUCAAUUACCUUGCACAAGUGUGGAUAAACGACGAGUUUGUAACCAACCAUGAAAUGGGUCAUCUUCCAUUUGAAGCUGAGAUAUCUUCAUACUUGGUUUAUGGAGGUAAAAAUCGCAUAACUGUUGCAGUUGAUAAUACUUUGCUACAGACUAGUGUUCCACAAGGAAAAAUCAUCGAUACUCCCGUCGAUAACGGAACGACGCACUUACAAACUUAUACUUUUGACUUUUUCAACUAUGCUGGCAUACACAGACCUGUUUUGCUGCAUACGAAACCACGUGUUUAUAUCGAAGAUAUUACUGUAAGGACAGGAUUAAUUGGUGAUACUGGUAUCAUAAAAUACAUAAUUCAACCAGCAGGCUUACAGGAGCAUGAGACUCCUAUAUGUAGAGUAAGCAUACUCGAUGCUAAAGAUAUUUUAGCCGUACAGGAGCCUGCUUACGGAUUUUCCGGUACGAUAAAGAUACCAUUCCCUAAGCUCUGGUGGCCCAGAGGUAUGAAUCCUAAUCCUGGAUAUCUUUAUACUCUAAAGGUUACAUUGUCGGUGGCAAAUGAUAGUAAAGUAGACGUCUACAGGCUUCCAAUUGGUAUUAGAACAUUGGCCUGGACAAAUACGAGUUUACUGCUUAACGAUAAACCCAUAUACAUGCGAGGGUUUGGUAGACACGAAGAUUCAAUCCUGAGAGGACGCGGCCUCGAUUUAGUUACUGUCGCUAGGGAUCAUGAAUUAUUACAAUGGAUCGGUGCUAAUGCCUACAGAACCAGCCAUUAUCCUUACAGUGAUGAGGUACUUGAUAUCACUGACCGGUUAGGCUUUCUCAUUAUUGAUGAAUGUCCUUCGGUUGAUACUGAGAAUUUUUCACCAAUCCUUCUUACACGUCACAAAGACUCGUUAUCGGAGCUCAUAAGGAGAGAUAAAAAUCGACCGUCGGUAAUUAUGUGGUCCAUCGCUAAUGAACCAAGGACGCAGCUUCCAGAAGCUGGUGAAUAUUUUAAACAAGUUGCACAUCAUACGAAAGCACUCGACCCUACCAGACCAAUUACUAUUGCCAUGGCUCGAGCAGUUCAGGAAGAUAAAGCAGGCGAAUAUCUUGACGUGAUUAGCUUUAAUCGUUAUAACGCUUGGUAUAAUAAUCCAGGCCGUCUUGAUGCAAUAACAAGUAGAGUUAUAGGAGAGGCUGAAGCAUGGCAUAGAAAAUAUAAUAAGCCUGUGCUUAUGGCUGAAUACGGAGCUGACACUAUGCCUGGAUUACAUGAGCUACCUGAAUAUGUAUGGAGUGAAGAAUAUCAGAAGGAAGUAUUGUCUAAACAUUUUAUAGCCUUCGAUCAAUUGAGAAACGAAGGAUUUUUUAUUGGUGAAUUUAUUUGGAAUUUUGCUGAUUUUCGAACAGCUCAAACGUAUAUUAGAGUAGGUGGUAACAGAAAGGGUGUAUUUACAAGAGAUAGGCAACCAAAAAUGGCAGCUUUUCACGUUCGAAAAAGGUAUUACUUUCUUCAAAAAGAAUUGGAUGGUACAGAAAUACCAACAGAUCUCGAGGACUACAUUUCACUUCAUUAUUCCUUUCAUUCAAGGCUUUAAUAUCAUCUUUUAAUAUUUUGCUAUUUUUGUUAAUCACUUUUUAAGAAGAAUUAUUUGUUAUUUGUCUAUAUAUAAAGAUUGUAUAAUAAUUA